AAAUGCACGCGACAUAAAGCAGCGUGGCUCUGUUUUAAAAGAAGUCACUGUUGUAUCUGAUGGAGUUUUGGAGUGAAGCCAUUAACCGGUUAUAAAGCUCAGACAUGGCGACAACCGAGGAAAACAACGACAGUGUUGGAAUAGAAGUUAUUCUUCCAGAGGGGAAAACAGCACCAUGGUGUCCGCAUGGUCCUACUUUACUAUUUGAGAAGAUCGGCAAAAGAGGCAACAAUGGCAGGCGGUUUUAUGCAUGCUCAGCCUGUCGGGACAGGAAGGACUGCAGCUUUUUUCAGUGGGAAAAUGAAAAGGUGUCAGAAGCUACGAUGCUGGCCAGAGAAGCAGAGAUGCAGUCAAAAAGGCCUAGGUUUACAGAGCAGGAGUACUAUAACAGGUUUCCGAAGUUUUCCUCACUGCCACACAAUGAGAAGAAGUUCUGUGAGAAUUGUCAGAUUCUGCUCCUGCCUGCAGAGCACAGUGCUCACUCUGCCCACAGGACCACAGGAGUCACUGCGGCCCAGCUGAGGAGGCCUAGUACCCUGCUGCGUCCUCUCGAAAACAAGAAAUGCAACGCUCAGUACCUGUUCACCGAUCGCAGUGCACACUUCCUACUGGACACUUUAGCUGGUCUGGGAUACAGAAAGGUGCUGUGCGUGGGGACACCUAGACUACAGGAACUGAUCAGGCUGAGAAACGUGGAGCAAAAACAUGAGCCGAUGCAGAGUCUGCUGUUGGACAUUGAUUUAAGAUAUGCUCAGUUCUACAGUCGAGACGAGUUCUGUCACUACAACAUGUUCAACCAUCACUUCUUUGGUGGAGAGGCCUCCAGUGCCGUUCUAGAUGCCUUCCUGAGGGAGCUUGAUGGGAAGAAGGUGAUGAUGGUGGUGGACCCUCCAUUCGGUGGGCUAGUCAAACCUCUGGCCAACAGUUUCUCACUGAUCUCACAGACAUGGAGGAAGCUGCAGAACUCUGGUGACUCUAAUGUUGACAUGCCCAUGAUUUGGAUCUUCCCGUACUUCUUCGAGCCUCGCAUCCUGGAGUGUCUCCCUUUACUUAUCAUGUUGGACUACCAGGUGGACUAUGACAACCAUCCUCUGUAUAAACAUGGAAAGACUGGCAGGAGGCAGUCUCCUGUCAGACUCUUCACUAAUAUUCCACCCAAACAUUUUGUUCUGCCCAGAGAGGAAGGCUACAGGUUUUGCUUCUUUUGUCAGAGAUAUGUGUGCUCCCUGAACAAACACUGCACUGAAUGCAAUCUUUGUCCAUCCAAGGAUGGCCGUAAAUGGAAGCACUGCACAGCAUGUAGAAAAUGUGUGAAACCAUCCUGGAGACACUGCCUGCCCUGUGGCCGCUGUGCCCUACCGGACCAUCCCUGCAGGCAUGCUGAAGGAAAGGACGGCUGUUUUAGCUGCGGCAGCCUGGAGCACAAACGUAGAGCUUGCCCUCUCAAAGACACUUGCAGGAAAAACAGUUAUGUACCCAAAGCCAAGAUUCAAGGCAAGAAAGCUUUCCAUCAUCUACCAAAGCCUAGAACCAAGAAGAAGUCUGGAACAGCACACAGAGGAAAGAAAGGAGCUGCUCAGUCUCUGUAACCAUAUGUUGGAUUUAGCUAAUUCUCUUAUCUCUUAGUUUUUUUUAUAUUAAGUACACCCUCUUACAACUCUGGGGUUUUAUAUAUCAACACAGAAUAAAAUUUUGUGGUCUUUA